GUUUUCCCACGAGAGUCUCUUCUUCUUCUGAGUUUUGAAGCAGGACCCUUCUCGCCUUCUUCCUCCUCCUCCUCCUAUCUAUCAAUCUGCUUCAACCCCUUCUUAUUUACAGCUGCUGCUGUUUGAUUUGCUGUAGAAUAUCUAAUAUCCUCUCCAAUUUUCCUUAAACCCCUCUAGAUAAUAAUAAACAAGGACAAAAUCCUAGUUUUUGGCUAAAUCACGAGAUGGGUAUAUGUUUUUCCACCGUCAAAAUCAGUGGCUCAAACAGCAACGGCACCCGCCCCGUCGUCCCAAAUUGUACAGCCUUGGUCGGAACAAGGCAAAGACCCAAACCAUCGUCAUCGGAAACAGCGGCGGCUGCGGAGAAUAAUAAUAAUAAUAAUAAUAAUAAUAAUAAUAGGAAGAAGAGGAAUAAGAAGAAGCAGAAACAACAGAGGGGGGGACAGCAGAAUCAGCCAAAAGAAGUACCUCCUAACAAGAAUCCUCCUCCACAACCUGUCAAAUUGAAGAAACAGGGCGGCGUAAUUCCUUACGGUAAAAGAACAGAUUUUGGCUACCUUAAGGAUUUCGACAAUCGAUAUACGAUUGGGAAAUUGUUAGGUCAUGGUCAAUUUGGGUAUACCUAUGUUGGCACCGACAAGUUCAAUGGAGACCGUGUUGCCGUCAAGAGAAUUGACAAAAGCAAGAUGGUUGUUCCAAUUGCUGUAGAAGAUGUUAAAAGAGAGGUGAAGAUAUUACAGGCAUUAACUGGCCAUGAGAAUGUAGUUCAAUUUUAUAAUGCUUUUGAGGAUGAUAAUUAUGUCUAUAUAGCAAUGGAGCUGUGUGAGGGUGGUGAAUUGUUGGAUCGAAUUUUGGCCAAAAAAGAUAGUCGUUAUUCUGAGAAAGAUGCUGCUGUGGUUGUUCGCCAAAUGCUUAAAGUUGCAGCCCAAUGCCAUUUACAUGGCUUGGUGCAUCGAGAUAUGAAACCCGAGAAUUUUCUUUUCAAAUCCACAAAGGACGAUUCACCUUUAAAAGCAACAGAUUUCGGGCUAUCAGACUUCAUCAGACCAGGAAAGAAGUUUCGUGACAUUGUUGGCAGCGCGUAUUAUGUUGCACCGGAGGUUUUGAAACGCAAAUCAGGACCAGAAUCAGAUGUUUGGAGUAUCGGAGUCAUAACCUAUAUUCUUUUAUGUGGUAGGCGUCCAUUCUGGGACAAAACCGAAGAUGGCAUAUUCAAGGAGGUUUUAAGAAACAAACCAGAUUUUCGUCGUAAACCAUGGCCAGCAAUAAGCAAUGGAGCAAAGGAUUUUGUUAAGAAACUACUAGUAAAGGAUCCUCAUGUUAGACUUACGGCCGCACAAGCCCUUUCGCAUACAUGGGUUAGAGAAGGUGGGAACGCGUCUGAGAUUCCUCUCGAUAUAUCUGUCUUAUCGAAUAUGCGCCAGUUUGUCAAGUACAGCCGUUUCAAACAAUUUGCUCUUCGGGCAUUUGCUACAACACUUGAUGAAGAGGAACUGGCUGAACUUAGGGAUCAGUUUGACGCAAUUGACGUCGAUAAAAGCGGAGCAAUAAGCCUAGAAGAAAUGAGAAUAGCCCUUGCUAAAGAUCUUCCUUGGAAGGUGAAAGAAUCGCGCGUCCUAGAGAUCGUACAAGCGAUCGAUAGUAACACGGAUGGAAUGGUAGAUUUCUCGGAGUUUGUUGCGGCUGCUAUUCAUGUUCAUCAAAUGGAGGAAUUGAGCACGGAGAAAUGGAUGAACAGAUCGCAAGCUGCUUUCAAUAAAUUUGACGUGGAUGGGGACGGUUACAUAACCUCGGAAGAACUUCAAUUGAACACGGGUUUACGAGGAUCGUUAAACCCGCUUUUGGAGGAAGCAGACGUUGAUAAAGAUGGGAAAAUAAGUCUUUCAGAAUUCAGGAGGCUUUUAAGAACAGCAAGCAUGAACUCUCCAAGAAAGAUGUAAACUUAAACUUGUAUUGUUUUUGUUAUUAUAUAUAUAUAUACAUGGGUGAAUGUCUUUUAUAUAUAUUAUACUAUACUUUCCAUUUUCCUUUCUCCUUUCUUAGUGUAAUUAUGUGGCUAAUAAAAUAAAUAACAAACAAGAAUGCUAAGCUAGCAUUUUUU